GAGGGGGCGACACAAGUGAAAAUAUUUGAGUGAAAGGUGACUGGUGAGGUUGAAAUAGCCUAACGGUGAAAGGACAAGAAAUAAUAAAAAAAAUAGUUAUUGUCGAAAAAUGAUACCGAGGAAGUUAGCGGAAAUCUACAGCAUCUGCGACGGUGUUGAGGCACUCUAAUGACUCGUGGCCAGGGGAAAAUUAUGGUUUAGUCACGAGUGAUUAAUCGACAGUCCUUCAGGAGUCAUCGGCGACCGAGGGAAGAGAGAGAGAGAGAGAGUGAGAAAGAGAGUUGGAACAACAGGAAUAUUAGAAGCUCAUCCUGUGGCAAUGACAGACCCACAGCUGGCAAAUAACAACAACAACACGAGUACAAAUAACAACAACGAUGGCGAGCCAAAGUACCUUCACAAAAAAUUCAAGAAAAUGGCAACGACUGAGGUGGUGGCACCCCUGGAGGUCAAGACGAAAACUCCACCUCCACCGGUUCCAACAACUGCCACCCCAGAGCCUUCCAGACAUCGUGAUCCUCCAAAGCCCCCAAAGGAGUCUUCCAAAAUUGACGAAACAUCCGCUGAUGCCAAUGAAACUGAACCAUCUGAAUCCAAGAAAUCUGGCUACGUCUGUCCCUACUGCAAGCUCUCGUGUGCAAAACCAAGUGUUCUCCAAAAGCACAUUCGCGCCCACACUAAUGAACGACCCUAUCCCUGCGUUCCCUGUGGCUUUGCCUUCAAAACAAAAUCAAAUUUGUAUAAACACUGCAGAUCUCGAGCUCACGCUCUGAAGAUGGAGGGCGUUGACACCGGUAAAGUCUCCGAGGACUCAGACAUGAGUCUGUCAGAUAGUGCUAGCAAUGGUACAGGCACACCACCUCCACCACCAUCAUCAACACUAUCAACUCCGGCAGUUCAAAAUCCAAAAACCGUUAAGACUGGAAAAAUUUACAAGCCAAAGUUCCACACAGCCCUUCAAUGCGUCAACAGUGAGCCAGAGAUAACACCACCAUCACCUCCAAGCUCUUCCAACAGCUCCUCCUCAGCAUCGAUAAAGCCAAAUUCCGAACAAGUGCAGGAGCACAUCGACAAGAUAAUCGCUGAUAAUCAAGCGACGGUGUACAAUAAUGACCCGGAAUUGAUGAAGCGCUUUAGAAGGCAUCAGUAUUUCCUCGGCCUCAGGAAGCCAGAGCAGCCGUUGAACUUGACCGGUGAGGAGACAACGAGAAAACGGGGCUUCAGCGAGAGCUUUGCACAGGAGGAGGCCAGCAAUAGUCAGACAAAUGGUGAGGGAUCAAUCAUAAAGGAUCUGCUGCUCAAGACAAGAACCCAAACACCAGAACAUACAUCAGAAAAUCAGGACGACAGCUUCACCUGUCCCACCUGCAGAAUUUCAUAUUCAAGUUCCGAUAAUUUAGAAGCCCAUCGAAGGUACUACUGCAAAAAUUCAGACUCCCCGAAACGAGACUUCCAGUUAGACUUAGAUAAGAAAGAAGACUACGAUGGUAAAGGGGAUUUUUACAAUACAGUCCAACCACUUCCAUCACCAGGUCCUUUAUUAGGUAAUACAAGACUAGUAGAUGCAUAUGGGCCUCCACCAAAAAUACCAAGAACCGAUGCUGUACCCACCACGUUGCGAUCCCUCGAGGAGCUGUCAAAAUAUCCGAGGCCAAAUUCCCUCCAGAUGUUUGGUGGUGAAGUGAGGAUUCUCGAUAAUACAGGUGAGACCAAGACCAUGAGAAUAGAGCCUAGACAGACAAAUUCACCACCAAACGAUCACAACUUGAACAAUAAAUGCAUAACAACUGAAACAUCAUCGAUUGUCGUGCGUUCAGGACUUCAUUCGGGUGGUACACUUGUCCACAAACCAUCAGGUACACCAUCAACAACUCCAAGUACCUCGAUAUCUCUGCCAAAUACACCAAAAAUUUUGGCACCAAUCAUACCAAACAUAUCAACUCCCAACUUAGCCCCAACAAUGUCCUGCUACAGUUACCUUGAACCACAUUUGAAUCCAUUGACAAGUAUCACUGCCUACAAUCCUCUGACCCUGCCACAAGCAGGUAUAGCUAGUAUUCUUCACGGUGGUAAGGUCAUUCCUUAUGUGCCUGGUAUGCCUGGACCACAUACACUGUCAACGACAGUAGACAUAUCGCCAGUGACCAGUGGCACCACUGGUUACAAGGUCAUUCCAGGCAUUCCAGGAUUACACAUGAUUCCUCAACCAUUGGAUCUAGCAAGUCCAGUCAGAACACUGACACCCAGUGUACCUGGUAUACCAGGGCCAACGUCCAAUGCUCAGAUGAGCCUUGGACAACCCCUAGAUCUUGCUAGUCCAGCUAAGGAUCCGAAAAUUGGAUUCAAACAUCCAAACAACGGAAUAUUCAGCCCUAAAGUAUCAGCCAAACUUGAGGAGAAAUACAAAAGUCGUCUGGCUUCGACUCCAACAAGUGAAUUACCUAAAAGUGACGUCGACAGACACCCCAAGACCAUCGGAAAAUACAAGAUCCUAGAGCAGACCCAGACGAUGGAAAGGAUCUUCAGUUAUCCGAAUGGAGUUGACCCUGGCAAUUCAUUCAGUCCAAGGUCUUCCCCGAAGGAACCAUCGAGCAAAUACGACUCGCCCCCUCCUCAGGAGAACGGAAGGAUCAAGCAGACGUCACCAGAGCCCUACGUUGCCAAUGGCGCGAGGCUGAGAUCCGAGUUCGGUCCCUCAGUGAUAAUAAAGCAAAUCGAUCCUCCGAAGCCGGAAAAAUCACCGGAGACAUUGCCAUCAACUCCAGAAGCUCCAGACCCGAUAACCGAGGAAGAAGAGCCCAAUCCAAAGUUUCUGCGUCCCACCUCUCUUCCAUUGAAACCAGGUACCUUCACCCCAAAGCGCCACCACGGCAUCACUCCCACAGCGAACACCCUUCCUUUGAUAAGUCCAGAGACUCCAAGACCGAAGAAGUCGUACGGUCAGCUGUACCUCAACGGUCACGCUUACACGUACCUGGGUCUCAAGUGUUCGACAAGAGUCUUCUACUGCACGUUGAACCGGCCGCAGCCGAUGUACGUGAGCCAGCAGCACGGCCUGUCCAUGUACUCCAACUGGAAGAUCUGUAAGGAAGCACCACCAGAUUUGGAUAUGGCCCAUUACGACUCUAGACACCGUCCGUCUAGCUAUACAGUCGCCUGGAAGAAGCAGGAGGACAUCCUGACGCAUUCCUCCCAACGUCCAAACACUCCAACGAGCCCAGACAGUGGAUUAGAAAGCGAUACCCAGGAGAAGACGAGAAGAGUCAAGAUCUUCGACGGAGGAUUUGAAUCCAAUGAAGAUUACACUUACGUGAGGGGCAGGGGUCGGGGUAGAUACGUCUGCGAGGAGUGUGGAAUUCGCUGCAAGAAGCCGUCAAUGUUGAAGAAACACAUCAGAACUCAUACGGAUGUCAGACCUUACACCUGCAAGCACUGCUCCUUCAGCUUCAAAACUAAAGGAAAUCUCACCAAGCACAUGAAGUCAAAGGCCCAUUACAAGAAGUGCGUGGAGAUGGGAGUGACACCAGUUCCCACGACUGUUUGCGAUGAGAAUAUUGAUAAGGAGGCCAUUGCCAGGCUUGUAGCUGGUGGAGCUAAUGAGGAGUCCACCGAUGAGGAUGAGGAGUCUGAUGGAGAUGACAGUGAUGAGUCUGGUAGUGAGGAGCACGAGGCUGCUCAGAGCCUGUUGAGUCUGUCUCAACCCAGCUCGAAGAGACUUCCUGGACUGCUGCCUGCUGGCAGACCCACGACUUAUCCCUACGCUCUCACCUUCCCAACCACCUCUGUGACAACGUCACUGGUGUCAACGACUGCAUGUUCCGUGUCCGCUGUUACUGUCACUUCGACGACAGUUAUUCAGUCUGAGGCGUCCAACAGGUAUUACUUUCCGUCGAGUCGUUCCUCAAUUCUACCUGAGGAGACGCGGGACAGUGUAAUCAGGUCGUCUAAGAUUGAGGAUUCUGAGGUGGAGAUGGAGGAAGUGGUGUCGAGGCAUCAGCCCAUGGACUUGACGACUAAAACACCUCAGACUCCUCUCCCAUCACCUCCGUUGAGGUCCAAUCCAGGGGAUAUUUUAACACCGGUAUCGGAGCCAGUGCUGAUGCAGGCAAUUGUCCAUACGAUGGAACGAUUGCCUCUUCAGGGUCGUGAGUGGAAGCCUGAUGAGGGUCACAUGCUGCAAGCAUACUUGACGGAGAGACAUGUCAUGGACAGCAAGAUGAAGCUGCAGUACAGGGUGGGAAGUACCAAGAAUGAUAAGCAAGUGGUGUAUUCCAAGGAGUUCACGGGCUCCAGGAGCUCUUACUCCAGCUGUACUCCAACAGUUACGUACACCGAUCCCAGUAGAAUGCAGAAUAUCGAGGUGAGGGAGAAGGAGGACGUGAAGAUGGAGAUGAGGGAGAGGAGACCGUUUGAUAUAGAGUCUCUGCAUCCUGAGAGGGAGAGUCAGGACGUGAGGAUUAUGAGGGGAAUCGAGCAGAUGGUGCCGCAGGUGAUUAAGGGAAUGGAGGCGCAGAGGCAGGUGUUCGGGGAUGUCAGCAGGGAGGUUGGACCUGGAAUGAUGAAGAACGAAUUUACGAUUGGUGGACAGGAUAGGGGAAUGGAGAUUGUCCCGCGGGGAAGUGCUGAUGGAAGGUAUGAGAGACCUAGUCAGGAGUUUAAGGUGCCUACGAACGAGGUGAGGAGUGUGGAGUUCAAGGAGGGAAACAGGGUGGAGCGAUCACCUGGGAGGGAGAGUGGGUACAAGGAGCACAGGGUUCAGGGCUUCGAGGUGCAGGGGGCCGAGGGAAAGGUACUGGAGAUCGCUGGGGGCACCAGGGGGGAGGCCAGGGGUGAACAUGGAGUGAAUAUUACUGAACUUGCUAAGAGCAUUGGAGAGGGAAUGAAGCACGUGGUGGCGAGGAAGGUGGUGGUCGGUGGACCUGGUUUUCGAUCACCCUCGCCGAGUACUGGCAAACCACAGGCUGAGUUCCUGCAGCCAGUUUCCGGACAUGGGUCUAAUUACAGCAGCGUUAAUGAAGAAGGCCGAAGUGUUUGUGGUUUUUGCAACAAAGUCUUCAACAAACCCAGCCACUUACGACUCCACAUAAAUAUUCACUACUUCGAGCGUAGAUUCAGGUGCGAAAGUUGUGCAGUAUCAUUUCGCACUAAGGGCCACUUAACCAAGCAUGAGAGAUCAGUGUCUCAUCAUAAUAAAGUCAGCAUGACGUCGACAUUUGGUGCAGCCACAACGAGCAAUCCCAGGCCAUUCAAAUGUGAGGAUUGUAAAAUUGCAUUCAGAAUACAUGGCCAUUUGGCGAAGCAUCUCAGAAGUAAAAUGCAUAUUAUGAAGCUCGAGUGCAUUGGUAAAUUGCCCUUUGGAACUUAUGCCGAGAUGGAGAGAUCUGGAGUCAACCUCAAUGAUAUUGAUACUACUGAUUGUGAUAAUAGUCUCUCUAGUCUACAGAUACUCGCCUACAAAUUAUAUGAGAAGGAUCCGAGCAAAAUGGGCCAGUGGGACCCCGAGAUGGGCCCCCCAAACAUCGCAAGUGGGGGUGAAACGUCCUCAGACGAGGGUGAGCCAAUAAUUCCCCCAACAAUUCAUCAAUAUCCUCCACCUCCCUCGGAUAUCGAUGCAUCACGUGCAUAUCACAUGUCAACUCUAGUUAAUACGAAUGAUACUAAGCAAAUUGGUGAUUUACAUGUGCCAAACACCCGCUUCGACGAUAAUUCAUUGCCCUACAAGUGCCAAAUAUGUCCAAGAUCAUUGAGAACAAUCAAUGAAUUGCAAGUGCACUGUUACAUGGAGCAUGGUGAUCGUGGAAAGGAGAAUACACAGACGAGAAUUGGUGAUGAUAUUAUUGGGGCACGUGACGAGCAAUCGAGACAAAAGAGUAAUGAUACAUAGUGCCAAAAUUACGCUCUGGAGCGGCCAUACACGAUGUUUAUUUUGUAAAUAAAGAGAUUCGUGGGAAUUAUUCCUCUUUCGAGAUGGAAAACGUAGAAACUAAAUUUUGGAUCCACUACCUCUGCACAAAGGUAUGAAGAAAACAUUUAAUCAGAAUUUUUGCAGACGUGAUAAACGAUUAAUUUCUGUUCCAACAAAAUUUUUCAUAAAAGUCUCCCAAUCUACAAAUUAUCAAAAAAAAUUAUUGGACUUCACUCAACUGCUAAUUCAGAUGAUGAAUCCCGCACACGAUAUCUCCAACUCCUGGUGAUUCAGCACCAAAAGACAAAAACAUAUACAUAUUAUAUAUGAUCGAAUCGUGAUGAAAUUUUAGUUGAUAAAUAAAACUAAAAAUAUUUAUAUACGAAAUUUAAUUUUUAAUCUACAAGGAGAAAUCACUGCAUAAAUGAAUUUAGAUGACUCGAGGUGCAAUUACUCUGACUGGCAUGUGAUUAUGACUUCAAAGUGCAAAAAAAAAAAAUAACUGUGCAACAAAUUGAGUUACGAGUUACGAUAAUGUAUUGAACACUCGAUUUCACAGUGAAGAAUUUAUAAAUAUAUCCUAUAUAGAUGAAUAUAUACAUAUAUUUGUAUGGUAUUCAGAAGAUGAGUAAUUGUCUGGAUGAUGAAGCAACUGGUGAACAAGUUUGUAUAAAUUUAUGUAAAUUAUUAAUUCAUUGAGACGACAAACAUUGUAAGAUAGACUAGUGGAUGAAUGAUAGGAGGAUGAUUAAUCGAUUAGUUCAGGCAUCUCUAAAUGGAUAAUUAUUACGUAUUAAAGCCCACUGGGCCGAAGGAUCAAUGGGAGUUGUCGUUGGAAAAGCGUGAAAUGUUCAUUUAGAAAGUUAUAACGAUAGAAGUUAUGAAUGGAGAAUAUUAACCAUGUGCUCAAGCACAGAGACAAUGUCUUUCCUUAGCAUAAUCAUUACACAACGUCAGAUAAUCAUGUAAAUCUCGUACCUAAAUGUUAAUGUGCUUGAGUGGGUGAUACAGAUAUUUAAGAAUUUAUCGAUUAAAACCGCACAAUUGUACAACGAGAGAAUAAUUGAGUGGAAAUAAUGUAAAUCUGUUGCCAAAACGAUAUCAGUGUAGCUUAGAUGACUUGAGGGAAUUUGAAAAUGUAAACUUUUUUGGUGUAAUAUCCGUGAGAAAAUAUUAUGGUCUCGAGUGAUGGGAAAAUGUCAGGAAUUGAAUUUGACCAGUUCUUUCUCGAGAACAUGUCCCGAGGACAAGUUAUCGUCAACCUUUUACCUGGAAUAUCAGUGAAACUACGAAAAAUGGAGAAAUUUUCAUGGAAACCUUUUUUGUAGAGGAAAAUAAGUUCUACAAAAAAGUUUAUAUGAAAAAUUUUCUAUUUCUUGUCAAUACUGAGGUAUUUGGCAUAAGACAACGGUGAGAGAUCAUUUAGUAGUAGAUAUCAAUUCGUUACUUUUUUUCAUCACAUCAGUCCUGAAUUAUGAAGAAAAUCCAGAUUACAAAUUGUUGUAAGAGCUUCCAAGAUGUGUAAGUGUGCAUAUGUCCAACAGUGCCAAGCCAAUGGUAAAAAAUAAAAUGGACAAUUAAUCCUACUUUCAAAGGGCUAUUUGUGGUUUAAAAUGUGCAAAUUAACAUAUCAAGUGAUGGAAAUUAAUUAUAGAUAAAUGAGAAUUUAUUGAUUUUCAAAGGUAUUACAGAUAUUUUUUGACAGAUAUUUUACGAUGAUUCAUGAUUUAUCAGAGUUUAAACGUUGGCUUGGCUGCUUCCAGAGUCAGUAUUAGUAACUCUCAACUGAAUAUCCAAACAAACAAAAACAAAUAAAUUCGUAUUUCGGUGUUUUUCAUUUGAAUUAUCAUCUGUUGCUCGAAAACUUGUGUCAAUGUGUUAAUGGAGAGUCGAUUAGUCCUCGAUACACCUAUUUUUUAUGGAUAUUAUUUGAUUUUUGUAUUCAAUCAUCGGCUGAAACAAUAUUUUCCAAUAUUUGAUAGUACAUCAGCAAUACGUGAGACCACUGAACUGUAGUUUUUUGUAUCGUAAUCGUGUAAAGAUCCUAGAUCUUUAAGAUUUUAUAUAAAAACUUUACUCAAUCAAUCAAUCAAUUGUAAAAUAACGAUAAAAAACAUUGGUGGUUUUUCAUUUCCCUAGAAAUCAUUGAGAGUCGAAAAAAAAACCUAAAUUAUCAAUUUCAUUGGAACCAAAGUUUGGCUUUUGCCAGAUUGAUAUCAGAGAUGGGACCGGAGUUUAAAACAAUUUUAUAAAACUUAUUGUAUACUCAAUCGAGGAGGGGAAGGAUAUCUAAUCAUAGAUUAUUGUGAAUGAAUGUAUGGCCCAGUGGUUCAUGAGUGCUGUUGUUAAUCAUUUCUUCCUCAUCGUAAUGAAAACAUGAAAGAAACGAACUCUGUUAUAUUACUAACGAGAAUGUAAUUUAUUUAUUGUAAAUAAAAGAUACAUUGCCUAAUGAAUAA